GAGCCAGCAGCUAAUGAACACGAAGCGGCCGCUGCUCCACGUUCAGCAGCGAGGAGCGAGCAGAGUGAUCAUGAUGGGAAUGGACUAAGACAUCCCCCUCCAGUGCACUCACCUCUCAGUGGCCAGUGUGUCCCAGCAGCAGCAGCAGCAGCAGGUUGAUCCCAGUAGUUGGGCUUCCUGUUGGAGAAGUGCUCUCAUUGACAUCUUAACCAGCAUCAGGGGCUGUGCUCCCAUCGGCUUUUCCUGCCCUGACUCUCUCCAAAUACAGGGUCAUCAUGGGGGAGAUAGUCCAGAUGCAAUUCAGUACGGUGGACUAUGUCAUCUUUGCCUUGCUGCUGGUGGCCUCAGCUGGCAUCGGCCUCUUCUAUGCCUUCUCCGGUGGACGCCAACGCACAACACAGGAGUUCCUGAUGGCCGACCGCUCCAUGAGCUGCCUCCCCGUGUCGCUGUCCCUGCUGGCCACUUUCCAGUCAGCGGUGGCCAUCCUGGGGGCUCCGUCUGAGGUGUACACCUUUGGAACUCAGUACUGGUUCCUGGGCUGCUCCUACUUUUUGGGCCUGCUCAUCCCAGCUCACAUUUUUAUACCAAUCUUCUACAGGCUGCGACUGUCCAGUGCCUAUGAGUAUCUGGAGCUGCGCUUUAACAAGACGGUUCGCAUAUGUGGGACGGCGACGUUCAUUUUCCAGAUGGUCAUUUAUAUGGGAGUGGUCCUAUAUGCUCCAGCCUUGGCCCUUAAUGUAGUGACAGGCUUUGAUCUUUGGGGGGCAGUGCUUGCCAUGGGAUUGGUGUGCACUUUGUACACAGCUCUGGGGGGUCUGAAGGCGGUGAUGUGGACUGAUGUGUUCCAGACCGUGGUGAUGUUUGUGGGACAGCUGGCAGUGAUCAUAGUAGGGGCCAGUCAGGCAGGGGGCAUUGGCGAGGUCUGGAGGAAAGCAACCAAUGGCAGCCGCAUUUCUGGACUAGACCUGAACCCAGACCCUCUAGAGCGUCACACUUUCUGGACUCUGGGUGUGGGGGGAGUCUUCCUGAUGCUUGCUCUGUACGGGGUCAACCAGGCCCAGGUCCAGAGAUACCUCAGCGCACGCUCAGAGAAAGAAGCAGUCAUGUCCUGCUAUGUCGUCUUCCCAUGCCAGCAGAUCGUCUUGUGUUUAGGUUGUCUGAUGGGUCUGGUCAUGUUUGCUCGCUAUGGAGAGGACAGCCCUCUUGACAAGGGCUACGUCAAAACGAAUGAUCAGAUGGUGCUUUACUUUGUGAUGGAUGUAUUCAGGGAUCUGCCCGGGCUCCCAGGUCUGUUUGUAGCCUGUCUCUUCAGUGGUGCUCUCAGCACGAUCUCAUCAGCCUUCAAUUCCCUGGCUACAGUAACUAUGGAGGACCUGAUUAAACCCUAUUUUCCAAACAUGACUGAAGCUAAAGCCACACUGAUGUCUAAAGGACUUGCCUUGGCCUAUGGCCUUGUGUGUUUGGCUAUGGCCUACCUCGCCUCCUUAAUGGGAUCUGUGCUGCAGGCAGCCUUCAGUAUCUUCGGGAUGGUGGGUGGUCCCCUGCUCGGCCUCUUCUGUCUAGGGAUUUUCUUCCCCUGGGCAAACUCGAUUGGUGCCUUGGUUGGUUUGUUUACAGGCCUCGCCAUGGCCUUCUGGAUCGGCAUUGGCAGUUUUGUGAUGCGUAUGUCAGCUUCCACCGCAGCACCCCUUCUCAACACCACUGCUCUGCCCCUAUUUGGAAACAUGACUACCGCUGUCAUGACCACACUGGUCAAGCCAAGGCCGACAGGUGUGGAGGCGCUCUACUCAUUGUCAUACAUGUGGUACAGUGCUCACAACUCAACCACUGUGGUGGUGGUCGGACUAAUAGUCAGCUUUUUAACAGGACCCAUGAAGGAGAAGGAGCUGACCCCCGGCACAGUGUUUCCAGUCAUGGGCACGCUGCUCUUCUUUCUGCCUGAGCGCUACAGAGAAAAGCUCUGCUGUGUCACUCCUCUGACUCCGAAGCCCAAAGAAAUCAGCACGCAACCUUAUCUCAUGGCCAAGAAAGACAGCAACGGAGCGGCGCACUGCAAAGACGACUCGGUCGCAGAGGACAAAGAGACGGAGAGCGACAGAGCACAGACGCAGGACGAAGACCUGGGAAUUAAGAUCGCUCUGUCCUCAAGCCCUCCGACGAGCCAGACAGUUCAGGAGACGUCCUUGUGAUCAUUUUCUCAUUUCUUAAUAACACACACACUCAUACACACUUUGAAUGACAGUGGUUGAGCCAGUUUCUUUGAGGGAGAUGCAGCUAAAGACAGAUCAUAGAUGCUGAGUCCAUCACUAAUCUAGAGGUGUUUGGCUGACAGAAUCAGUAGAAAGACGUAAUAGAAAGAGCUUCUGGAUUUCAGUAUCUGUGUAGAUGUGUUUUCUUUUUACCUACUCUUUCCCAAACACUAAAAACUGGAAGCUAACUUUUGCCAUGCCGGAACAGAGCGUACGCACAAAAGACAACAAUCCAUAAUGGAACUAGUCUACUGGUGUCUGUUUCCGCAUCCGAUGCUUUAGGGUCUGUCCAGGUGUAUGCAGUUUGAAGUUAGGAAACUGGGCAGCUCCUUUGCACAAUGAGCUGUUCUGCUGUGGCUGGUUCCUGUCAUUACGUUUGACAAAAGAAAAAUAAUAAUUCAGGUAGAUGUAAAUGUGUUAUUUUUGUAGAGAGAGAACAUGGAACCAUAUAUGUCCCAGAAUAUGUAUAAGAGAAUAUAAUAUGAAAAGAAAAUAAGGUCUAGAGAGACUGAACUCCACUUGAAGGCAUGACACGCCUGUGCUACUGUGAUAGGGUACUGUCUUUACAUGGCCUUGGUUUAAUAAUAAUAGUCGCCCUCUAGCUGCUAUUAUACGUCCCUUGACAAAGAGUUGGUGAAAACAUAGCUGUAUGUUCAGACGUGGGCGGAAGUGAUGGUCAGACGGGGCGGCCACAUCAGAUGGAGCAGAGUAAAUCCUUUACUGACAAUUUCAUACAGUGCAUGAGUAGAAAUCAAGUCAGUGGGUGAACAGAGCUGCCUCUGACGUUAAUAUUUUCCACUUCUCGUGUUGCAUAUAAUUAACAAUCAUAAGUUAUAGAUUUGAGUAAAUUUGAUUAUAAUUAAUCAUCACUGGCUGAGGUGUUGGACCUAUAAAGUGCAGUAUAUUGCUUAAACCACUACUGUUAAUGUAGUGUCCAUGUUAAGUUGUUUGAACUCUUGAGCAAAAUCGUAACAAAAUUUCCGACCCCUUUACUUUAUCAUACAUGUUUAUGUUGUUGCUUUAUGCUGAAAUAAAAAAAAAGUUCCUUGCCAAUCAUUACUCUCUUUUCCAGAACAAACUAAAUUUUAUAAUUAGUUUUCUUAAUUUCAGGAAAAACUGAAAUAUAAUAUAUAUAAGUACUCAGUCAGAUCUCAGGUUCCUCCCCUUUCUCUUUAUCGUCUUUGAGAUGUUUUCUACACCUCGACUGAGUUCAUUUAGUAGACGUGUGUAGUAUAUGUAAUGUCUCACAGCUGAGGAUGUCAGGUGGAAGGAGCUGCCUGUAGAGCUGGGAGACAGGAUUGGGUCUUAGGGAGGGCUGCAACCAAACUAGUGCUUCACUGAAGUUCUCAAAGAGCCACAGUGGCCUCCAUAACUCUUAAAAGAAAGAAGUUUGGAACUACUCAGACUCUUCCUAGAAUUAUCCGGCCAAAUAGAGCAGUCAUGGGAAGGAGAGACUUGGUAAGAGAAGUGAUUUGAUACUAAAUGUACAUUGAUGUGAGAAAAUAGUUUUUAUUUUAGCAUAAAGCUGCAACAUAACAAGAAUUCACUAACUUUUAAAACUGUAUCCUUUGACUGGUUCCCCUUUUUUUAAAAGAAACGGUUUAAGGAGUAGAGUGAAUCAGUUGAUCAGAGGAGUUUGUUUUUUAAUGGACACUUCACAGAACAUUCACAGUAGUUUUCCAUUGUGUUCCAAUCAGUGUUGUGUUGCUCAAACACAACCCUCAUGACAUGAAGUUCCUCACUGACCUGGUGUGAGCGCUCCAUACCUUUUUUAUUAGGUAUCUUUGGUUUCCCUUGGAUUUAAGGCUGUACAGCGCUAGUGGCUCAGUGACAUCUGUAAACAUCACUGUACGUCCCCACAGUUUCCGCAGGUUUACAGCCGCUCUCAUCCGAUGUGUCCGCCCUGGAUAAAGCACAGCUCUGCUCAGAAUGCCACACAGAAGCCGUCUGGUCCUUCAGAUGGACCUACUUUACUUACAUCAGGCAUCUCCUCCAUGUAUUUGCCUGUGAAGAUGUUUCAGUCUUCUCUGAUUGUUUUGUAUUGUGAACAUGAUAAACUGCAUCUUUUUUUCUUAAAUUUGAGGUCGUCAGUGCCAUGUUGCGUAAUAGUGUGUGGUUUGGACCGUUUUGAACACAGUCUAGCUCUUCAUCGUAAUCAUCAACAUUUUUUGGAAUCACAGAAUUCUUGGAACAUCACCACUUCACCAUUUUAAGUCAUUAAUUGUUUUGUGUGUGUGUGUGUGUGUGUGUUGUCUGUGUGUGCACGUGAGUUCAAUGUCUGUACGGUCUAUGCUCUUUGACAGUGGACUCCAUGUCAAGAGCCUGUGGUGAUGUGAUACAAUGUGUCUGUUUUCUGCAGGUUAUGGUGAGUACCUGUCUCGGUAGCCUUACACCUUCCUCCUUAAAGCAACACUAUGUAACGGUUACCGAGCAGCAGCGCCCUCUGCUGCCACACCUGGUGAUUAUUCUGUUGGUCUCCGUGUGACUAAGUGCUCUUCAUGUAUAGAAAACGUGUGCCUCGAUGGGUGUCAUGCAAGAACUGAAAACGUUUAAAAUAAGGUAGUGAGAACCAGUGAUUUAUGAGAACUUGGUUUUACCCACGAUCCCCGGCUUCCUUAACCAGAAGAGCAGCUGCUGUAACAAUUCCACCAUACUCAGUUUAGAACAUUCUAAAUAUUUUGGGCGGAAUAUCACAGAUAAACGCUUUAAUGUUUGAAGGACUUCUUAGUCUUCUGCACUGGUCUACAUUUAUCAUUAUUUAAAUUUAUUCAUAAAAAAUUGGUCAAUUCCACCCUUUUCACAGGAGAUUGCAUCCGCUCACCAAAGUUACAUAGAGCAAGAGCAGAUGUUCGGAGUGGAAAUGAAAGAGGAAACAUUUUCCCUUUUCAAAGUCACUGAACCAUCAAACUCCUUUUGAUAUUUUAAGGUAAAAAAGUUGCCUAGUGUUGCUUUAACGUCUCAGUUACAGUUUUAUUCUAAGUACUCACCAGACAAUCAAGGUCACACAGUUCAGCAGCAGAAUUUUGAAUCUGCUUAGUUUAUGUCAUUGCUCUGAAAAGGAUUACGGACCUUGGGGACCUCUGAUCCCUCUGCUUGAAUGUUGAGCCUUUUUAAAACCGGCCUAUUACACACCCGACAUGUUUGUACCAUCUACCCGACAUUUAGAAAUACCUCAAUUUAUCCCAAAGCAUAUAGAAUAUGAAUAUUUUUUCAUGUUUUAUACUUUGUUUUGUUUUUUUACCAACAGAUGUAUUUCAGAUCUCAUUUGUAUAUUUCUCUAAUUUCACGUAAAAGCCUGCGAACAUUUCAUGAUAUGAAAUGUGAAAUUCUAUAUGCAAGAACCAUGAAAUGUUUUAAUGUUGUCAGUGAAUGUCAGACGGAAUGGGGGAAUGUGAAAGUCCACACGAAGAUCUCCACGAACUGGAGCAUCGCACCCGCUACUAGCGUUACUUCAGAGCACUAGCAUCUUCUGCCUUAGACAGCAUUUCAUCGUUCCUCCCCAAAUUCGAACUGUCCUAUUCAUGCAAUUUUCAAAACAUUUAAUGGUUCCAAGAGAUUUUUUUACAUACUUUUAAAUUCCAUGUGCCUGCAUCUAUUUUAUUUAUGAUUGCAUUUUGUGGAAUCUUCCUUCAUACCUGAAAUUACUUGAAGUGUGAGUCUGAGAUGUUAAUGAUACACAAUUAAAGCCCUUCUUUAAAUUUAGGGAAGAUGAUUCAAGUGCUGUCUUUAAUUAUAAUAAUAAUGAUGUCUUUUCUAAACUCAGACUGCUAACACACCUAAUAAGCACAAUGAGGUCAGAGCUCGGUAGUCGUGCUACUGGAGAAGAACCUGACUGAAGCCUUCAGUUGGUGUACAGCAAUUCAGAUAUGUCUUCAUGAUGUGUAGCUUUAGGCUUAAUGCAAGAACCUGAAUAUUUUAUCAUUUGUGGCCUUUUUUACUGGAACGCACAAUAACACUGUUGAGAAUAUGGUUUGUGAAAGAGGAGCAGGGACACUUAGUAAUUUCGAGCAGCAAUAAAUAUUGUUUUGAACAAUAUUUAUUAUAUUUGUUGUCCCACCCACCAAGAAUUCUUCCUGCAACGCAUUCCAAAAAAAUAAAAAAACACAACCCCAGAAGCACUGGAGUCACCAUAUGGUUCCUCUGCUUUGGUCUGUGCCUUCAUGAUUAUUAUUUUUAUAAUUUUUUUUUUUUAAGUAACCUGUGAAGAUUUUAUCCACAGCCCAGGUCUGAACCAUGAGACGUCUGUCCCAGAGUGGAACAAACCUGGAUGAAUAAUUAAAUUGUACGCAUGUAAUAAUUUAUCUCUGGAAUUAUGAAAAACGCUGUUUUACUCUAAUGACGAAGGAGAAUCCUGAGCUACAAUGGUGUAAUUAUGGUCCUGUGGGUAGGAAAUGUAGGUGAUUAAAACAAAUAACCAGCAUUUAGUGAGAGUCUUUUAUCCAUCAUUCAACAUGUGUCCGCUACAAAUGAGCAGAAGAAGAAGCACAUGAACAUAUUUAUCUUCUAACAUGAGAGCAAUAACUGGAGUUCUUGCAAAAUAUAAAAAAAAACAUCCAACUAAUAGUUCUUCGGUCAUUUCUGUUGGAUUUAAAUUAUAUUGUUAAAUGUACGAGCACUUCUGAGAUGCCCCUUUAACUGUUUCCCUGUCGUUUGGAUGUAUGAAAAUCUGAUUUAUAAGUGGUACCUGAAAUGAGAUGUUAUUAAAAAGUGAAGUCAUUCA